CUGCAGCAGAAACUUGAUUCAUGAGCUUUUAUGUUUGUGUCCAUCUGGCAGAAAGUCAAUAAGAAAACAUGCUCAACAGAUGACCAUCCAGACACUGCCUGCUCCCAGCCAGCCACCAACACACACAUACAUGCACACAUACACACACGCUCGCACUCACACGGCUACAGCCGUCAGCAACCGUGCUAAUGAAUCCUGAGAUCCCCACCCCCAUUGGCAUAUACACCGUGCAGUUCUUCUCAGGUGGCAGCAUCGACGACGGCAUCGGCGGCUCCACUCACCGCAUUGGCUGCAUCCUCACCGAACAAGGCCAACAGGCACGCGCAGCACGCCAACCCUCCCAACAACGCACCCACGCCUGACACACGCUCAGAGACAUCCUGAUGUGAUGCAUUUCAUGCAUGUGGCCCCCCUGCGGCGUCUCUUCGGGCACUACUCACCACAGCAGGCGCAGCACUGUUCCUUGCGCUUCUGCUCGUCCGUGCGGCCCCCCUGGUCGUCAGUGAUGAUGUUCGCCUUGUACCUGCAUCCACGGCAUCAAAGAGCAUCGCACAUGAAGAGACGCAGGUGAAAGGAAAAUCGUCUUACGGCUGUGAUGGGCUCUCCUGCCCAGGUGUCUGUGUCUGCGGCUGCACAACUUGUGGCUGUGGCUGCUGAUACAUGACCUGCGGCUGCUGAACCUGCGGCUGCUGAUACGGCUGAACCUGAAGAUGAACACCCAGAUACAGACGAGAAAUAUGGCAAUGAGUGUCUCCCCCUCCCUCCUCGCUCUGUUCCCCGGUCGAGUGUUACUUGUGGCUGGGGCUGGACAAACAUCUGAGGCUGGGGCUGACCGUACUGCUGGGGCUGAGGCUGCGUGAUGAUAUACGUCGUGGUCGUCGUCCCUGACGCAAACAAAAAAUUCCAUUGCCCCCCACAGUGCGUUCAAGUUUCUCUCUCUCCUGUCUUGAUUGCUCCGAGGGUGGGUGAGGGUGGCCUCACCUGGUUGCUGCUGCUGGUACAUGGGCUGCGGCUGAAUCUGUUGUUGGUAGACGGGCUGCGGUUGCUGCUGGUAGAUGGGCCGCUGUUGUUGCUGGCCCGGCUGACCUAUCACGAUGGUCGUCAUGAUGACUCAACCGGACGAAGUUGAUACACGCAACGGGAAGCAGCCCAAGCCCCUUAUUUCAG